AUGGUAUACUACUUCACCUCCACGGCGGUGGAACCGUCUGCCUCCAUAUAUUUCCAUGUUGACAAUCUGUCGAGCGCCCACGUUUACCUCCGACUCAAACCUGGCGAAUCAUGGACUUCGAUCCCGCCGGCUCUACUUGAAGAUUGUGCACAAUUGACAAAAGCAAACUCAAUAGAAGGCAAUAAGAAGGACAACAUCACAGUCAUCUACACGCCAUGGUCGAAUCUGAGAAAGGAUAACUCAAUGACAACAGGUCAAGUUUCUUUCCAUAACCCUAAAAUGGUGAAAAAGGUCCAUGUUCCUAUGCGGCAGAAUCCCAUCGUCAACCGCCUGAACAAGACCAAGGUGGAGAAAUUUCCCGACCUGGGGGCCGAGAGGGAAGCGGAUCAGAAGGAAAAGCGCAAAGCCGAGAGAAUUCAACGCGAGCAGCAGAAGGCCAGAGAUCGUGAAGAGAAGAGGCAGCGGGAGGAAUUGCGGUGGCAGAAGGAUCACGCAUACGACGAUUUGAUGACGGAGGAGAAUAUGGUGAGCAAUCAGGACCGGGACGCCGGAUUCUAUGAAGACGACUUCAUGUGA